CUCCGACCUAAUUAGUUCUUUUGUGCGUGAUUUAUGAUCCUCCCUUCAAUCUUGGAUAAUUAUGGAGACUCGCUGCAUAAAUGGCUUAUCUCUCUCCCUAGGGGGGCCUGGGAUUGGGCGAGCUUGUGCAGACUUUGUGAUUCUUUGUGCAUGGGCAGAGUUUUUUGUGCUGCAUUAGGGUAGAUCAAGCUUGGGGGUUGCGAUUCACGUCUUUCUUGACCUUCACAACGUUCCGGAUUGGGCGAUUUCUUUCUUGACGGGACAGAACACGACUCGACAUGCAUGCGCUUCGCUGCCUUGGCCUUCCCACGGUUUUCUCGAGUCGGGGACCCGAGGCGGCUUGUUCCCGUUUGUUGGGAGACGUGGUGGUGUUCCUGCAUACGUACCUGCAGAGCCAGGAUUCGAGGAAACUGUCGUGUUGGAUGGACACUGGUGGGCCAAGACGGGGAUUGGCAAAGCAGGGGAAAGUUGUUCUUCGCUUUUUUUCAUGUGAGAGUGAUUUUUUCACUGAGGUCGUUUUUGCCUUUCGUUUUGUUCCAAGUUUCCUGGCCGUCUGCGGCCGUUCAAAGAUCAAAAAACAUGUGUCUGUCUGUCCGUGGUGCUGGGAGCCCGUUCUUGCGUCCCUGUUGGAAAUUCUAUUUCAGCGUCAACGGCCCCAACAAUGGCUUCGGAACACAAGGGUGUCGUUCGCAAGUGGCCAGCUAAUAGGUCUUUUGCAUGUGGUUCAGCCUCCAGCAGUUGUUCAUUCACAAAGAGCUAUGACUCGUUUAGUGAUGAGCCAGUCAGACGGUUUCGUGGGUUCAGAUGUGCUGUGGGAUCGUUCAUUUGCCACUUCGGCGGUUAUUCACACGCUCGCGAAGGAAAGUAGAGGCACGUCAAAACAAGCUUAUUUUUGAAGGAUCAAACAAAGAAAGAAGGUUCAACUCAGCCUCUCGAAUUGUAGGCAAGAUUGCAUUGAUUGAGGCGGACUCCAUGGUCGCAUUUGUUUGGGGUAGCAUGACCAACAUCGAGGUGACCACAGCGACCAAGUAACAACAAAGCAAUCGUUUGCAUCACCACCAGUAGACACUUGAAUCUUGGGAGCU